AUGGUAACAUCAUGCCUCAACGACGACACCUUCGGCCCCAUCGUUCGAGGCUGCCGUGAUGACUUCGACUUUACUAUUCGCUUCCAGCGCAUCAUCUUAGCCAUAGUUCCUGCUACCUUCUUUCUGGCGCUGUCUAUUCCGCGCGCGAUAUGGCUCUCGCAACAGCCGAGGAUUGUGUCUGGUGUCGCCUUCCAGUACGCCAAGUUGACAGCCAUUACAAUAUUGGCUACUCUGCAAUUCGCGUUGCUGAAUCUUCAGACAGCAGCCCCGGCCUCUAGUCUCGAUGGCUUCGCCAUUGCAACAACAGCAGUCAACUUCCUUGUUGCGCUGUCUAUGCUUGCCCUGUCCUUCUUUGAGCAUUCCAGAGUCCCGCGCCCAUCGACACUGCUCAUUCUGUACAUUCUGCUGCAGACGCUCUGCGAUGCCGUCCAGGUUCGAACCUCAUGGCUCAUGGCGAGCUCCAUUACGUCCAAGAUGAUUGCUCGUCUCUACACAGCAUCCGUCGGAACGAAGUUCGUCAUCCUCAUUGCCGAGACGAAGAGAAAGACCCGUUGGCUCCGUUGGAAGAUUGAUGAACACAGCCCCGAAGAGACGAGUGAUGUGAUGAGUCUGACUGUAUACCUCUGGCUGAACAAGCUGUUCCGUUAUGGCUACAGUCAUGUUCUGGCCAUCGACGACCUGUAUCCAUUGGACCAGGACAUUGAUUCGGAUCUCCUCCAGCGAAAACUUGAAGCUGUGAUCGAGAGGUCGCGGCCUGGAAAGAAGCUUGGCUUGGCUCGAUCGCUCGCCAGAGCCUUGUUAAUCCCAUACAUCAUGCCCAUCGCACCCCGAAUCGCCUUGAUCGGCUUCAGCUUUAGUCAACCGCUUUUCAUACGCGCCCUCCUGGAAUAUCUGCAGGAACCAAAUGCUCCUCGUAGCACGAGCUACGGCCUCAUCGGUGCCGCGGUGUUGAUCUAUGGUGGCGCGGCUUUCGCUCGAGCGCUACAAUGGUACUUCCACAUGAGGGCUCAGCAAAUGGCCCGCGGUUGCUUGUCGGCCGCGAUCUACAAAAAGACAACUGAGGCCAAGCUCGCCAACGCUGGGGAGGCGGCGGCUGUCACAUUGAUGAGUACUGAUACGGACCGCGUUAUCCAAGGCUUCCAUCAGCUUCACGACUUUUGGGCCAGUCCUAUUGAGGUUGCAAUUGGAUGCUGGUUCUUACAGCGGGAGCUUGGCACCUCAUUCGUCGCCCCGAUUGUGCUCAUUGUGUUCUGUGCGAUCGGUACAUUUAUUGUCGGCAGGUUGUCAGGAGACCGACAGGUCAGAUGGAUGAGCCAGAUUCAGAAAAGAGUCGGGCUCACGGCUAACGUCAUUUCGAAUAUGAAGAGCCUGAAGAUCAGCGGCAUCACACUGCCGGUUGGUGAUUUUAUCCAGAAGAUGAGAGUGCACGAGAUGGAGAUUGGCAACAGAUCCCGUUGGCUCAUUAUUUGGGCUGUUGUGGCUGCCAUGACGCCGGCAAUCCUGUCACCUGUUGCCGCUCUGGCCUUCACCACUCGCGAGCUCAACACGACGAGCAUGUUUACAUCUAUCGCGUUCUUGAUAUUAUUGACAUCGCCUCUGUCUCAACUCUUCCAGGCUGUGCCGAUGAUGUUCGCCGGUCUGGCAAGCUUGAGUCGCAUCCAAGCAUUCCUCGAGGCUGAUGCACGGGAAGAUGUCAGACGCCACGAAACACACAACAUGCUCGGAGAGAAGUCGUUCUCGGAUGAACCAUCUAGCAGCGGUCUUGAGUACAACGAAAAGCCAUUAAAUCCCGACGCCACAACCUCGAUUACCAUCCAGGAUGGAUUCUUCGGCUGGGCCGAAGACCGGAUGAUCCUUAAUCAUGUCAACGUUCGCUUCCCUGUGUCUCAACUUACCCUGGUCGUUGGGCCGACAGCUGCUGGGAAGUCAACCUUGUGCAACGCGCUUCUAGGCGAGGUGCCUUUCUCGCGCGGGAACAUCAGGCUGCCCCUCGCUUACGCCGCCAUUGGGUACUGUGAGCAGGCUCCGUUCUUAUGGAACGGCACGAUCAAAGAGAACAUCAUGGGAUAUUCCAACUUCGACCAGCCUCGGUACGAAGAAGUAAUAGAGGCCUGUAUGCUUCUCCCAGACUUCACAAUUCUCCCUCAGGGUGACGAAACCAACAUUGGAAGCAACGGCAUAGCGCUGAGUGGUGGGCAGAAGCAACGUGUCUCACUUGCUCGCGCACUCUACCUCCAUUCCGACCUCAUCCUCUCUGACGAUAUUUUAAGCGGACUCGACAACGAUACCGCCAAUGAGGUUUUUCGUCGUGUAUUCGGCCCUAGUGGUAUUCUCCGCCGUCGAAACGCCACUGCAAUUCUGUGCACGCACUCCAUUCGUCAUCUUCCUCAAGCAGAUCACAUCAUAGCCCUCGACGUGGGCGGUGUAAUCGUGGAGGAAGGUUCGUUCAACGAUCUCAUCCGCAAUAAGAAGUAUGUCGCCAACCUUAAUGUUGUGGCGUCCUCGGGUGAAGAUGAUACGCAAGAGAGGGGUGCUGCCGCCCCAACUCCCGCUACUCAGGGACCAAAACGUCAAGUUCAGAACGCCGAACGAAGUCGAUCAGAUGACCUUUCGCGACAAACAGGAGACAUGAAGGUUUAUGGCCACUACAUGCGUUCGCUGAGCAAAUGGUCCCUGGUGGUACUGGUCGCUUCGGCUGCCAUCCACGCUUUCGCCAACAGUAUGGCGACCGCAUGGCUAAAGUUUUGGUCCGAAGACACUUUCCACAGGCCUACCAGCUUUUAUCUUGGUAUCUUCGUCACAAACUUGUUCUCCCAGGACAUGACUCUCAUCGAUGGCGAGCUUCCGCUGGCAUUGCUCAAUACGGUCAUCGACAUCUUCCAGGUCAUGGGCAUGGCUGCUGUUGUGGGAACCGCAUCACCGUAUCUCGCAAUCAGCUAUCCCAUAUUUGCAGUUGUGCUAUGGGUGAUCCAAAGGUUCUACCUGCGCACAUCGCGACAGCUUCGGCUGCUCGACCUAGAAGCAAAGAGUCCACUUUACACCCAUUACCUUGACACAAUCAAGGGAAUCAGCACAUUUCGAGCUUUCGGCUGGAUGGCCGAUCAUGUGACGCAUAAUCAGCAGUUGCUGAAUACUUCGCAACGACCAUCAUACCUUCUCGCCAUGAUACAGCGAUGGCUCAGUCUCACUAUGGAGAUCCUUGUUGCCAUUGUUGCUAUUAUUAUCGUAUCAUUGGCCACGCAGACAGGGGGCAAUUCGGGGUUCACAGGUGCAUCUCUGGUGACGUUGAUGUCGCUGAGUGAUGUGAUCACCUGGCUCAUCCGCAACUACACUUUGCUGGAGACCUCAAUUGGCGCAGUCUCGCGAAUCAAGAGCUUUUCGGAAACAGUUGUGUCUGAAAAGCGCGAAAAUGAAGACACCCAACCUCCCGUGGAGUGGCCUCAAGCUGGCACUAUUGAACUCACAGAUGUCUCGGCAUCCUACAAUAUCAGUGCCGGUGGUGUUGAGCAGGACAUUUCUUUGCAGAACAACCUUGCCCUAAAGAACGUUACUCUGUCUAUCGAGGCCGGCAGAAAGGUCGCCUUGUGUGGCAGAAGCGGCAGCGGAAAGUCGUCUCUUAUUCUCGUGCUUCUUCGCCUACUCGACCCUUUGCCAUUUUGUUCUCAGAACAUGAAGGUCGACAACAUUCCCUUCCACUCCAUCGAACGGGAUACUCUCCGCCGUCGGAUCAUCGCAGUGCCACAGGAUGCCGUCUUUCUUCCCAGUGGUAGCAGCAUCAAGGACAACCUUGACCCUUUCAACGCCGCAACUGAUCUUGAAUGCCAAGAGGUUCUCGAGACCGUAUUGCUAAGUGCCUUCCUAGCGGAAAUGAGCAACGACGUCCACAAUGGGAUGAGUAUCGACAGCCUCAGUGCGGGUCAAAGACAGCUCUUCAGCCUCGGAAGGGCUAUCCUCAGGCGACGGGUGAAGGACCGGAGCUUGGGAGGACGUCGUGGUGGCAUACUUCUCUUAGAUGAGGUGAGCUCGAAUGUAGACCGAGAAACUGAUCGCAUCAUGCAAGGGAUCAUCAGGGAAGAGUUCAAGGAGUAUACCAUCAUUAUGGUCUCGCAUCGUCUGGACAUGGUCAUGGACUUUUUUGAUGACGUGGUCGUUAUUGAUAAGGGGGAGGUUGUCGAGACGGGCAAUCCGCGGGACUUAGUUACCCUCGAGGGCAGUCGGUUUGGGCAGCUAUGGGCAUUCGAAAGUCGAGGUCGGAACUGA